AUGGAGGCCAAACACGAAGCUAAGGACGCCGACGGUCCGGUUGAGCUCAGACCUCAAACCAGUCGCCCAGGAGAGUCAACAGAGUUCAACCUCGCCAACCGGCAUGACCAACUGGAACGAGGCCUCAAAAGUCGCCACAUCCAGUUUCUCGCUCUAGGCGGUGCCAUUGGUACUGGUCUCUUUAUCGGUUCAGGGUCCAUCCUCGCUCAAGUCGGCCCAGCCCCUCUGUUCAUGGGCUACCUCUCCAUGAUCCUCGUCAUCUGGGUCAUCAUGAAUAUCCUGGCCGAGAUGGUCACCUACCUUCCGAUGCGAGGCAUCAGUGUCCCAUAUUUCAUCGCCCGAUUCGUCGAUAAGAGCCUUGCUUUCGCAGCUGGCUGGAACUACUGGUAUUCAUACGCGAUUCUCGUUGGAGCCGAGGCCGUUGCGGCCAGCAUCAUCAUCGACUACUGGAAUCCGCCGGCUCACGUUGCAGUUUGGAUUGCUGUCGUCUUAGUCGUCAACCUGAUUCUGAAUAUUGUUGCUGUGAGCUACUUUGGCGAGGCUGAGUUCUGGUUCGCAAGCAUCAAGGUCAUCACCAUCAUCGGCCUCAUUAUACUGGGAAUCAUCAUCUUUUUCGGUGGAGCCCCGGGGCAGGAUGGCGUGCUUGGCUUUAGAUAUUGGAAGGACCCGGGGGCGUUUAUUGAGUUUAAAACCGGUGGUUCUUCAGGCCGUUUCUUGGCCUAUUGGUAUGCUUUUAUCAAAGCGAGCUAUGCUUUUCUGUUCUCCCCAGAACUGAUUGCAAUUGCCGCUGGAGAGACGGUUGCACCACGGCGUAACAUCCCCAAGGCUGCUCGCCGUUUCGUCUGGCGCCUGGCCAUCUUUUACGGCGUUUUAUCCCUCAUUAUCGGAAUCAUGGUUCCGUCAAACAAUGAUAGACUACUCGGAGGCUCAUCCGAUGCGAGCGCAAGUCCCUUCGUCAUUGGGAUCCAGAUGGUCGGCAUCCCGGCUCUGAACCACAUCAUAAACGCCGCCAUCCUGACGUCCGCCUGGUCUGCCGGAAACUCGUUCCUAUAUUCAGGAAGCCGAGUCUUGUACUCGCUGUCUCUUGAACAUCAGGCCCCUAAGCUCUUCUCCAUUACCAAUAAGAAUGGAGUCCCCUGGGUUGCUGUCCUGACGACCUGGGCAAUGGGCCUCCUGGCCUUCCUCAAUGUUUCGAAUUCCGGAGCUGUUGUUUUCAACUGGUUCGUCAGCAUAGCCAUCGUAUCAGGCCUUCUGUCGUGGAUCAUCGUCUGCGUCACAUAUCUGCGUUUCCGACGGGCGAUGGAGUUCAAUGGACUGCUCCAAAUUCUGCCGUACAAGACGCUCUUCCAGCCGUACGCAACUUGGGUCACACUCGUCAUCGUCACUCUCCUUAUGCUCACGAAUGGGUUUGACGUCUUCAUCAGAAGAAACUGGGAUGUGCGCAAUUUCUUGGCCUCUUAUAUCACGCUUCCGAUUUUCUUGGUCUUGUAUCUCGGUCACAAGACUUGGUCUCGGAGUUCGUUUUGGAUCCCGACAAAGGAUAUUGAUGCCGAGACUGGGCGGAGGGAGAUGGACGAGCUUGAGACCAUGGAUGACUUGCCGAUGGCCAAGAAUAACCUUCAGAAGUUUUGGAACUGGGUUGCUUGA